AUGUGGAGAAUGAAGGCAGCCGAAGAAGGGACCGCACGGGAGGUCCGGAUGGAAGGAGGCGAACAAGUUCUCGGCCUAACCCCGGUCGAGAAGAAGUUCCUCCUCCUAGCCGAACGGGGAGACUGUGCAACAGUCAGGAAGUACGACUCUCUCUUGCAUGCCAUCAAAGAAGAAUACGUAGAAGCUGUAGAGGUCCUGCUUGAAUGGGAAGAAAGUAUACACGUUCCAGGAGAACCAUACAGUUGGGAAGCACUUGACAGAUCCAGUUCCAAUUUUACUCCAGAUAUCACGCCCCUGAUAUUAGCUGCUCAUAUGAAUAACUACGAGAUACUCAAAAUCCUUCUGGACAGGGGAGCGUCUCUUCCGAUUCCCCACGAUAUAAGGUGUGCUUGUGACGAAUGCGUACAGAGCAGAGAGCAGGACUCACUACGGCAUUCUCAGUCGAGGAUAAACGCCUACAGAGCUCUGUCUUCGUCCUCACUCAUCGCCCUUAGCUCCAGAGAUCCUAUCCUCACUGCCUUUAAGCUUUCUUGGGAGCUUCGCAGGAUGAGCAGGCUCGAGACCGAGUUCAGAGCUGAGUAUAACGUUGGUAUCGCAGUAAUGGUUUCUUCCCUCACAGAUGAUUUUCUGGUCAGAACUCAGCUGACUCCUACCAUCAUCGGCUCCAUGCCAGUACUGGUAGCACUGCUGCCUGCCAGCAGGGAAAUUUAUCGACUUUCCGGUCUUGAUCCACCGUGUUCAGUCAAAAGCAGGGACAUGCGGGAACAGUGUCAGGUGUUCGCAACCUCCUUGCUUGACCAUGCCAGGACCUCAUUGGAAUUAGAAAUAAUGCUCAACUACGAUCCGGAGGCUGGACCAGGAGACGUCUGGCAACCUGGUGAGAGGCAGACCUUGGAAAGGCUCAAGUUGGCUAUUAAGUUUAAACAGAAAAAGGUAAAACAAUUGUAUUGCACAUCGCACAAAGUUUUGCCCAAACACAAGACCAAGACGAGACCGAGGCGGUCUUGGUCUCGAUUUUGGGUAAACAAACCUUGA